GUACGCUGUUGGAUAUUUUGUUUCCCCCUUUCGUAAAGCAGUUGUAAUCGAGAUUCUCCUGGUUCGUGGAGAAUUCGGUGGUUAUACGCAGCACUGGAAACUCAGUGCCUUUAACUAAAAUGCCUGAGUCAUUUUCGGUAAUCAGGAUCUGGAGUUGGAUAUUCUGAGAACCAAUGUAUUUAAGGCCUUGAGCAGAUAAGGAGUUCGAUUUUUCCUCUUGGAAUAAGCAUUCUGGUUGCACAUUACUGUCUAUCUGGCUCCAUGGGCGUUACCGGGAUAUAACAGUUGAAGUUUGCUGAAGCAAUGAAUGCGAGCCAUCCUUCUGUGCAUCCUAUAGAAGCUCCUCCUCUUACUGACGCCGCAAACAAUGCACCCAGACCAAGGAUGAAGGAUAUCCAAGGAAUGCCUGGCACGGCUGGUGGUCUCGUCUUACGGUUGUGCCAGUUUUUGUUCGCAGUUGCAGCAGUUUGUGUCAUGGCUUCCACCAGUGAUUUCACCACUGUCACAGCUUUCUGUUACCUUGUCGCAGCAGCUGGCUUACAAAGUUUCUGGAGCCUAUCAAUGGCCAUUAUUGAUAUAUAUGCCCUUCUAGUUAAGAGAUGCUUGCGGAAUUCUCACAUUGUCAGUUUGUUCACCAUUGGUGAUGGGAUCACGGCCACACUUAUAUUUGCUGCUGCCUGUGCAUCUGCUGGCAUCACAGUGCUUAUUGGCGAUGAUUUGAAUGAUUGCGCACAGAACCAUUGUGCCAGGUUUGAGACAGCAACAGCAAUGGCCUUUCUGAGCUGGUUCACUGUCUCUCCAUCUUUUCUCUUGAACUUUUGGUCACUGGCAUCCCGGUGAAACUAAAUAGGAAGAAGGCAAUAUUUUCAUAAAAGUUUGUGUUUUUUUGUGUGAUCUCCCCUAAAAGUUUAUUGAGAUUUUAAUCACACUUCCUGUGUAUAUUUUGUGAAUUGGGGGAUUAUAAUAGAAAGUAUUUGGAAUACAUCUUGCAUUUCUGCAA